AUGAUCGCCCCUCGUGCACAGGUCGUUGAAGCGAUGCCUCCGUCAUAUAUUACGACCACCACUGUGAUGAACAACCACAACUCCAUCAGAGGUGCUCAUCCUCCUCCCCCUCCUCAGCAGUUCACACGAAGGGUCAAUCGCACUAUAAAGAAAAGAAAAACCAAA